AUGAUCGAAAGCAAUCUCACGCUACAAAAGCAGGUUGACUCUUCGGUCGUAGGUGGUGGUACGCGGAAGGAGAAGAAAGAGGCGAAAGCCAAGUUAAAGUUAAGGCUACCGCUAAAGCGUCUUCAGCACCCAGCCUGGCUCCUUUUCUUCUUGAAAAAGAAGCCAAGGAUGGUAUCAAGGAUGUUGCGAACGCGGUAGCGCUAAUGAUGAAAGCAGAAGAUAAAUUCAAGAAGGCCGAGAAAGAAUAUCGAGAUGCGUACUGGUACGCCACGCAGUCGCAGAAUGAGAUUGAGAAGCAGAAGAACGCCAAGAAGUCCUCGUGGACAACGCAGGGAGCAGCAGCACUCGCAAAGGCACAAGAAUUAUGGCUCAUAAAUGAUUGUAGAAUAGAUCUAGAUGUUAAGAAUUCAACAUCGAUCUUCGUCACAGAUGAGUGAGUGUGAGUACACUAAUUUCGUGUCUGUUUACUUCUUAGUUUCCAUUGAUUGAUUUCCAAAAGAAAGCACGAUCUACAUCUGCUUCGAAAAGGAUCUUCGCUAACAAAUGCGUACAAGAAGAAGCUGGGAUUAUGUCAAGAUGCGUACACGGCGAAACAACAGGCAGAGGUGGGUGCGCGCACUGUGGGUGUCCAAGUUGAAUAUGGAUGUUGUUUGUUCCACUUCCAUCGAUCUUUCAGACCAUCUAGGCUGGCCCUUUUGUUCCUUUAGCUUUAUAAAAGUGUAUAGUUUACAAGAGAGCCUAGAUGAUCUGGCUAGAUGGGAAUAACAACAUCCACGACGGAGAUGGAAACAAGACCGAGGAUCCUGCGGCAGGAGGAGGUGCAAAGCAAGGAUGCCAAGAUCCACCUGAACUGAGAAAGCCGACGAAAAAUGGAUCCGGCGGCAUCUUCCAGGAGAUCGCAAGCUUAGUAGGGCAGGGCAUAGUAGCCGUCCUUACCUGACAGCUCCGACCUUUUUCAACAUAAGGUAGAGGCUUAGGUCCAACGACGUUCAAAGCACUAAGAAAAUAACCGGCUACUUUUUUCUUUGUUGUUCAAUUUGAACUAGAAAGCGCUCAAUAUUACUUACUUAAUUAGAAAGUGUUCAAUUUUUACUUAGAUCCUACAAGAUUUCGCAGAUAUGACCACAAAUAUGCGCAUGUGUAUGCUUUUCCGUGUCUCUGCAACUUACAACUGGCCUCCCUCUACUGAGGAGGCAAGAAGCCUGUGGACAUAGGAGCAGCAUGCGGCUUGUCAUAUCAUCACUUCGCGCAGCAUCGGUUUUUCCUACUUCGUCUUUGUCUUCUACGUCGUCGAGAGAUCGUGAAUUAGCUCGUCAAGCUUCAAAAGAAGCAGGAGGUGGAAGAGAAAAAUAAAAGAGAAGAUGAGGAAAAAGGAAAAGAUAGAAAAUUGAUGUCGAUUGUAAAAAAGGUACGCCCUACAAUCAAUAAAAAGCAUUUUUGAAAUUUUGUUCAACGAAAAAAUGUUACAUCUGCAGAUUGAUUCUUGCAGGAGCAUCUUGGGAUCGAUUAGGAGAAUAAUCACUUCUCAAUGUCAGGAGCCCAUACUUGUUUGUAACGUGAGCCUCUCUCUCAUGAUCAUGCUACGAACAUGUUGAUGUUGAACUACAAGUUG